GGAGGGGGAGCCAGUGAAGGGAUGCCAACACAAGAGAGAUAUUGUCACAGCAGUGGGUGGAAGUGAUAAUGCGUGCAGCUGAAUGCUGGACAGAAAUUAAAGGACGGAGGUGAGAAAGUGGAAGCUUCAGCGGGGAAGGAGGCCCCAGGUGAUGAGGAGGAGGAGGGCGUCAGGUGGGAAGGGGCUCCCCUGGACCCCCGUCUCCCCCCGCCAUGGGGCUCCUUUGGGUCCAGAGGGCCCUCUCCUCAGAACCAGGCCUUCCGCCUUCUUCUCGGCGCCUUUGGCCCCCUCCCUCCCUCGCUCCCUCGGGACACAGCGAAGAGGGGCCCCGCCCGGCGCAGAUCCCCCUGGGUUCCGCAGCAGAGGUCCGGCCAAAGAGGUCCUCCUCCGAGGCUCCCCGCCUGGACUCUUGGCCCCGGGAGCCCCGACGGAAGGAAAGGGCACCUGAGCCAGGUCCCUGACCCCUCUGCCUCCGCCCUGCGGCUCCUCCUCCUCCUCGGUCGGGCUGCGGCCGCUGCGGGCAGCCGAGGGCGGGGGACGGACGCCGGGCCCGCAUCGCCGCCUGCUCCUGCUGCUCUGUCGGUCUCCCCGGGGGCUGCGGCAAGGUCCCUGCUGCUGCCGCCGGCGGAGAAAGGCGCGCGAUGGCCCCGGGGUGGGACCCCGCUCCUGCCGCUCCGCCUGGCCUCCUUCUGGCGCUGCUGCUGCUGCCUCGGUUGUUGGGGGCUGCCCCAGGUGAGGAGGAGGCCGGGCGGGGCCGGCGGGUUUCUCCGACCGGCGGGGAAUUGAGCCGCUCUCUCUCUCUCUCUCUCUGCCUCCGCUCCGACGCAGGAGCCCCGCCGCAGCCCCCCGCCGCAGCCCCCGAGGGCCCGGCCAUCUCCUGCGUGGCGCCGGCGCCCUCCUUGGCUUGGUUCCUGGACGGAGAAGACGGAGGAGGAGGAAGGCGGCUGCGCCUGGCGCUGAGGCCCGGGCGCCUGGAGCGGACUCUGCACAACUGCUCCGCCGCCGCCGCCUCCGACCCAGAGGCCUCCGAUGAAGCCGCCGCCGCCGCCGAGGCCUCGGUCCUGCUGGAGGUCCACUUUCAGCCGGAGCUUCUCCAAACAGAGGCCCCGCGCGAGGAAGAGCAGGAGGAGGGCGGCGGCUCGGGGGCGCUGGCGCUGGCGCUGCUGGUGCUGGUGGAGGCCCACCCGGCGGCCCGGAUCACCUGGACGGACCCUGAGGGCAGGCCCCUGCUGCUGGGCAACGCCGCCCCUACCUCCGCCUCCCGCUUCCUCCUCCUCGACGCCAAGACCUACCCUUGGCCCCCCGAACAAGCCCUCCGCCUCCAACUCCAGCUCUCCCUCCGGGGCCACCAGGCCCACGCCCCCAACACCUCCCUCCCGCUCUCAGGUCUGCUGGCCACCCGUGUGGAGCUGCCCCUGGUGGUGCUGGUGCUGGGGUGCGCCGGGGCCCUGGGGGCCUUCCUCUGCCUGGGCUCCCUGCUUGGCUGCCUGCUCUGCCAGAGGAGGAGGAGGGCCAAGGAGGCCAAGGCCGCUGCCGCAGGACCCCCCUUCCUGGUGCCACUGCCUCCCAGGGACCCCAGCCGUCUGAAGCCUCAGAUGCCAAGGGCAAACACCUCCUUGCCAGCCGACCUGCUGCUCAACAGUUUCAGCGCUGAGGCAACAGGCCAGGAGAAGGCAGCAGGCAAUGCGCCAGUGGAGGAGGAAGAGGAGAGGGCCCUCUCAGAGCCAGAGAACCACCUGGUCCUUGUAGAGCGAGGUCGGCGCAUGGGGGGCCAUGGGAAUGGGGGAUCCCCACCAUCACCAUCACUGCCACCACCUUUGCACUUCCUUGGGGCUUGGCAAGUUGGAAAAGCCAGGCUGGGUCAGGAAAAGCAGGCCAAAUGGGGACUCAUUUGGGGCCUUCUUACAGGAGGGCAUCUGCAGAACUGAAUGCUGCCAGAAUGCAGGGUCAGAGAAGGAAAUUGGUUUGGCCAUAUGGAGUUGAGAUGUCUUUAAAAGUAGGGACUGAUGCACUCCUGAGAAGUCCUGAAGCUUGUCAUGCAGAGGAAGGACUAAGCCUCUGGAUGCCAGGCUCUUGAGGCCUCUCUGUGGGAGAAGGGCUUUUGGACAGGAGUGCCACAUCCAGCUUGUGGGAAUGGGACAGAACUGGCCUGACCUGCCAUGGGGACCCCAGGGCUUGCGGUGGCUUUGUGUUGACACACAUGCUCUUUCCCACGCUUGACAGGUCUUGGUCACUUCCCGAUGGUCGGAUAUAUCUACCAGGCUUCCAGUAUGAGUAGCGACGAGAUCUGGCUGUGACACCUGUCCCUGCUAGUGGGUGCAAAGACCUUAGAAGGGGCCUGCAGGAACAGACAGCGAUGGGACACCUGCCCUCAUUUCUCUGGAGCAAAAUACUGCACAAGGCAGCGGAGCAGCUACCGGUGGCUCCAGGAAGCCUGGUCUGGGAUGUAGGGCUCCUGUGCAAGAGGAGCUGAGGAAUGCCCCCCCCCCCUCUGUCCAGCACUGCUGAAUGCUGCAAGAGCCACACCACCAGCACCACACACACACACUCUUUCGUGGCCCUGCUUCUCCCCUCAGCAUGGCCAUUCUUUCCGCUCCAGGGAGGCUCUAUCUGCAUGCAGAUCCUUACUCUUCCUUCCCACCCACAGGCCUGCUCUGUACUGCUGCCCAUCUGAAGCAUGUUGGCUUUGCUGCUUCUGCGCUUUUGCACAUUAAGGGCUGAGUCCAAGGGCUGUCCCUUUGCUUAUAUACACAUCCUGGACUGCUGUGGGAGAGGCUAGGUACCCCCUUCAUACAGGGCCAGUAGUGAGAACCAAGUUUGAAAUAAAGUGUCUAAUACUG